AUGAUCACUUCGGUUUUCGGCGUACUCGGGAAAACAUUUAUGAUGGAAUAUCUAAAACUGAGUUCGGGCGGAAACAUGCCGAUUAUUGGCUACGGGACGUGGAAAGUGAGUAUUUAUAUUAAAUAAUAAGGAAAAAACCUCGCCAGAUAUUACGAGAAAAGAUUUAUAGAUAAUAAAAAUAGACAUAAUAUCUAUUAUGGAGUAGAUGAAGAAAAGAAAAAAACGGUCAAGGACAUACGGAAAAAUAGAGGUGGAUGUAGCUCAGCUAAGGAAAGGAUAAAGUCUUAUGCGAAGAAGAUUCUACGAAAAAUUAUACUUGAGAAAUAUAGAAAUUAAAAAUAAUUAUAAUGUUUUUAAAUUUAUUCUUUUAGUUUCAGUAUUUUACAUUAAUUUCGUUUCUCAAACUGUAGACCAUUUAAAAGUGAACAGCAAUUUUAUUUAUGGUUUUAUUCCUAACUUAAAAAUGUCCAGUUUAAGUGUAAUAGUUUUAGUAUUGUUGUUGUAGGUUAAGGGUGGUUCUUUGGAAGACGCUUUGAACGAAGCUCUAGAAUGUGGCUACAGGCACAUCGAUACAGCUACGGUUUACGAAAAUGAACACGUCAUCGGAAAAGUACUAAACGAAUGGAUUUCUUCAGGAAAAGUAACCAGGGACGAAUUGUUUAUAGUCACUAAGGUAAAACAAAAAAUAUAAUACGAAUUAAAUGACAAAAAAAAUUAUAAUAUUUUACAAUUGUUACAAUUACAGCUCCCUGGUUAUGCACAUCACCCCGAGGACGCGGAAAAGGCCCUGAAAAAAUCCCUACAAGACUUGCAACUAGACUACGUUGAUCUGUACUUGAUUCACACGCCAUUUGGAGUAAAACCUGGAGAAAAUAUGAAUUUUUCUACCAUGUAUCCAGACAACAGUACGAAUUACUUACAAACUUGGGAGGUACGAAAUAUAACCGCAAUAAUAUACGAUUAUUAAUGAAUUUUCAAAAUAAUUCGAUAAUAAAUCACCUUCAUUUCGUCGCUGCAGAUAAUGGAGAAACAUGUGGAGUGCGGUCGAACGAAGGCGAUCGGUUUAUCAAAUUUCAACUCAAAUCAAAUUCAAAGGGUGUUGGACAACUGCACAAUCAAACCAGACAAUCUACAAGUAGAACUUCACCUGUACCUCCAACAGCCCGAACUCGUGAAAUUCUGUGAGGACAACGGAAUCACUGUUACCUCUUAUUCUACUCUGGGCACCAAAGAUGGUAGACACAUUUUAGGAAUUCCCUGGAGGUAUAAAGAAAUAAACGUAAAUUUAGUAUUUUUCAAUAUUUGCAAUGAAUCGUGAUGAAGCUAUUGAAAUACCAAAAUAAGAAUGUAUUUUAGAUCUCUAACGUAGCGAGAGAACUAUUGGUUUUACAAUGCUGCUUAUUUUUUUUUCUUUGUUCUUUGUUCUAGUCUGUGGACACGUUUUUUCCUAGUAAACUUGUUCCGAUUUUUACAUAUAGCUACUUUUCUGAAAGAUUACGUUGUUUAAAUUGUACUUUGAAAGAGUCAUUUUUUGAUUUUUGAUGCCAUUUUUUAAAUAAAAGAACUUAAGUGAGAAAAACUGUAGGAAAAAGUAUAAUUUUAUGAUUUCGUUAUUCUAUAAAAACACGAACGAAUUUUUCUACCAGAAAAAAUGAUUUAAUCGAAAAAUCACAAAAUACCUUUUUUUUUUUUUUUUUUGAUUUAAUUUUUCACAAUAUCUUCGACAACACUUUUGAGAUAUAUUUGAGCUUUUAAGGAAUUUUAAUUUUUUGGAGUUUUUUGCUGCAAUUCGGUUAUAAAUACCCUUAGAAACUUGAAACUUGAUAAUAAACUUAUAUUAAACUUAUUUAGAUGUGGUAAAUUUUUUAAAACUACAGGACGACUUUUUUUUUUUUAAUUAGCGUUUUGAAAUCAAAUUUAAACUAAUAAAUAAAUAAAUCGCUAUUAAAUUACGCACUUCAAGUUGUGUAUCAACAAACUGCGCUCGGAAUCGUCUUUUGUCAAGCAAUGGUUUAUCGUUGCUUACAGAUAUAAAUAGAAUUACCUUAUGCAUCCUACCUUCUCAAAUUCUCACCUACAACAGUGGCCGCUCCCAUCCCCAGUAUCAGCUCUUUUUUUUAAAAUUCAUCAGUAUUUCAAUAUUUGUACCGUAAUUUCAACCUAACGCGUUGGGUUCAAAUUUAUAAAAACUAAGGACAUUUGAUAUUUAGCAACACGUGUUUUUCCAUAUUUCAGCAAAGAAUUACCGGAAAUGUUAGAAAACGAUAUAGUAGUGCACGUGGCCAAAAAAUAUCUUAAGACUCCAGCCCAGAUCCUGUUACGAUUCGUCGUCCAGAGGGGCAUUGCCGUCAUACCCAAGAGCACGAAUCCGGGACGGUUAGCUGAAAACAUACAGGUAUUUUUAUAUUAUUAUUAUUAUUAUUAUGAAUACGAUAACCACGGAGUGUGAUAUUUUCGAAAGGUUUUGGACUUCAAGUUGGACGAGGAAGACAUGGAGGCACUACGGGAACAAAAUAUGGGGGAAGCAGGACGCAUAUUAUGGUUCGAAUUCUUUCCGGGGUAUGAUUAAUCGGUCAAAGUUAAUUUACUUUAGAAAUAUCGCUUGAAUUUGUUUUCGUUAAUUUAAAAGUUGUAUUUUUAUGAAUUUGUAUUCGCUCUCUCCUGUGAUGACUGCGUUUUUAUUUUGCAGGGCCAAAGACCAUCCCAAUUAUCCAUUUACGAAGGAAACGUCAUCAUAAAAUAAUAGAAUUCGACGAGAAAUUAGUUUGAAUUUACACUAAAAUGUAAAAUAUUAUAGAAAUAUGUAGAUCUGCGAGCAUUAUAAAAAUUACUACUCUUAUAAUUAAAAGCUAAAAGGACAAGUAUUGUGACGAG